CCACUUCCACUUCCACUCCCUCUCUCACCCUCAGACGUAGACACAGGAGAAGAAGAAGAAGAAGAAGAAGACGAAGAAGAAGAAGAAUCCCCCCUCAACGGCAUCAACAAAGGCGACGAGAACGCCCUCAACGAGGCUAACACGCCCCUUCCCCCACCCACGAGACGACCCCUCCUCGGCACGGGGGUAGUCUGUCCUGAUCCCGAGGUACUAGUCGUACUAGUGAACGAGAUAGUGGACGGUCUUGGGGUGGUCGAUCCGCUUUCUUCAUCGUCGCUUUCGUGCGCUUCACCGUUUAGUUUUGCGGAGUUUGUAGUGCCGGGGACGGUGGUGGUGGUGGCAACAGUGGUGAUGAGGGCAUCUGUCCCAGGUAAGACGGCUAGAGGAGUCGGUGGUGCCAGAGUAGGCUGUGCCUGUAGCUGGGUAUGUGUUGGGUGAGGCUCUGUGGGGUGCAUGGUGUCGAUGCUCGGGCCGAGAUCAAGGACGCUGAUGUCGCUGUCGCUGUGGUGGUUGGGAGGUCUGGUUGGGGGUGGGGGUGGAAUGGUUGAUGGGGUUGUUGUUGAUGGGGUGGACGGGUGGUCUGGGUCUGGGGGGGAGAUCUUGAUGGUUGGGGUUGUGGGGGAUGGCAUUUUGGUUAUUCUUGCUUGAUUUAUUGAUUGUGGAUUUGAAGAGAUUUGAGAUCAGAGAGAGAGAGAAUGUGUUGAGGUUGUAUAUCGGUACCUAAGCAGUAGUUCCUUCUAUUAUAUAUACCAACAGUGGCGAGUACGAAUGUACCCCGUGCCGUCAUCAUAAAAGAAAGUGACUUGAGGAAUAUCAGCUGUCGUAUAGUAUGUCGAUCAUCAAUAUAGAGCGCUGAUCAGCCGAGAUAUCUUGAAUGACCUGAUCUUGCUCAUUACUCAGGCGAAAGCAGCAGACAUAUAUU